AUGAAGUCCAAGGCAGUGUCUUUCGCAGAGGAGAAGGUGAAGAAGGCCCGCGCGGCCCCCGCUCAUCCUCCCUACCUCGAGGUUGGUUUUCUCCGGGCCUUUCCAUGGCGGCGCCGCCGUCAGCUCCGAUGGCGGGAGGUUCUGAUCUGGUGGCGGAUUUGAUAUUUUCCUCUGUGGCAGAUGGCGAGGGAGGCGAUCCAUGCGCUGAAGGAGCGAACUGGGUCCAGCCAGUACGCCAUCUCCAAGUUCAUCGAGGAGAAGCACAGGGGAAACCUCCCUUCCAACUUCAGAAAGCUCCUCCUCGUCCAGCUGAGGAGGUUCACCGCCGCCGGCAAGCUCACCAAGGUGAAGUACUCCUACAAGCUUCCCCCCUCCUCCGCCGCCGCAGCCGGCGACGCCGCUGCUUCAAAGCUGAAGGUGAAAGCUUCUGCUGCCGCUGCAAAACCGAAGGUGAAAGUUUCCGCCACCACUGCAAAGCCGAAGGUGAAAGUUUCCGCCUCCGCUGCAAAGCCGAAGGUGAAAGUUUCCGCUUCCGCUGCAAAGCCGAAGGGAAAAGCUUCCGCCGCCGCUGCAAAGCUCAAGGUGAAAGCUUCCGCCGCCACUUCAAAGCUCAAGGUGAAAGCUUCUGUCGCCGCUGCAAAGCCGAAGGUGGGUAGGCCCCCCGGCGUGAAGGUGAAGGCGGCGGCUGCUCCUGCCAGUAGAUCGAAGGGCCGGCCGGCGAAGGUGGCGAGGACAUCCGGUAAGGAUUCUCCGGGGAAGAAGGUUCCGGCGACCUCCGCGCGGAGGGCAUCAUUGGCCAGCAAAAAUGUCGCCAGCGGUAAGUCGCCGGCGAAGAAGGCUAUUCCCGCGAAGCGGACCCGGGCGGGGAAGGCCUGA